UUCACGUUUUUGCUGUUACAGAGGGGAGAGAAGGAUUUUCCCUCCAAUUUUUGCCUCCUCUACAGAACUCCUCAUACAAACCCUAUGCCGUCACCUUUGUUUAUUUGAUUUUGUUUCUAGAAAUGAAAGAUUCGAUCUUUUCUUCAACUAACACCAAUAACAAGAGAACUGGAGAAGCUGAUGCUUCACCAUCAACUUCAAUUUUGCCUCGCAAUGUUAAGAAACCUAAACACAUAACGAAAUCGGCACUAAUCCAUCUUCAACUUUUCGAUGUCCCUUUGAUUUCGCAUUCUGGCUCGCUUCUCGAUUCAAUCUGCCUUGAACCAGACCGACCGUACACUAUUGGCAGAAGUCGAACUGACAGUGACUGCGAUUUUUUGUUCAAUGAUCGCCGAAUCAGUAAGCAACAUUGCCAAAUUUUAUUUGACAGUGUCGAACGCAAAAUUUAUAUUCUUGACGGAGCAAUUCUAUUGAAUGGUAUUAGAACUAGUUGUGUCGUUAGUGAAUUUAGGAGAAGGUUAUUAUGUUAUGGUCAGGUGGAAGCUGUGGAGGAAGAGAAUGCGGAGUGUUCUACGAUAAAGGCUUCUUUGAAUGGAGUUUUUCGUAAUGGGAUUAGGGUUAAAAGAGGCAUGGUUAGAGAGUUGUGCACCGGAGAUGAGAUUUUGCUUGUUUGUGGUAAGGAUGGUUUGUGUAAUUUAGGUGACCGAAUUGGGUUUGUGAUUCGGGGAGUUCUUUUCAAGGAGGAGGUUGUUGUGGGCUUAAAUGAUUUUCAGUUGGAGAGACUUAAGUUGUUUGGGACAACAACCUCCAUGGGACACUCUCAAGGAUCAGUGUCUAGUGGGAAUAGGAACAAAAGAGUUUUUGCUGUUCGUGCAAAUGAAGUUGUGUCCUCAAUAAAUGAUUUUCCAAGACUGAAAUCUGGAGGAGUAGUUGGUAGGGCGAAAUUUUUGUUAAGUCAGUGCAGAAAAAUAUUGCAUACUGAUGACCCGAUUUCUUAUAUUAAGAAAUGUGCUUUGUCAGAUUUCAGAGUGGAGACCACAGAUGCUUGCAAUAGCAAAUUAAACUACAAUGCAGGUUUGACCGUAUAUGAUGCUAGUAAAGUUCGUGUGGGACAUGAACUGGGAGAAACGACUGGACCAUUUAUUUUUCAGCAAGAAACACAGCUCUGUGAGAACUCAAACGUUGAUCAAGUUAUAUCAAAUACCAAGAGAAAAGGUGAUGAAGAGCUCGUUUCUUUUAGAAGUGGCAAUUUAUGUCAAAUAGGCAUCUCUGGAGUCCAUUCUGAGAGUGAUAUUGUGGAUAAUUGUAAGGAUUCACCAUUGAAUUCUGAGGGCAAGGAUAAUUCCCUUCAUCUUGGUGGGGUCCAAAUGAAAUACCGUGAACCACCUGGAAAGAAGUUUUACCUGAAUCGCCUUCAUUUCAUGGACCAUGAUUCAUCAAUUCAUCAAAAUGUUAUCUCAUUACCAGAACUUCUUCACCCCGUGAGGAGUAUUAUACGGAUGUUUGUUGCAACAUUCACAAGUGAUAUUUUGUGGUUUUUAUCGUAUUGCGAGAUUCCAUGCCAUCUGCCUGUAACAAUUGCAUGUCAUGAUACUGAGAGAUGUUGGAGUGCCAGCCCUGAUAAACGAAUCUCUGUUCCAUAUUCAGGUUUUCCAAACUUAGUUGUAUUGUAUCCCCCAUUCCCUGAGGCUAUAGCUUUCGGUAAUGACCGCAAGAAACAAGGCAUUGCCUGUCACCAUCCAAAGUUGUUUGUGUUGCAAAGAAAAGAUAGUAUUCGUGUUAUCAUUACUUCUGCAAACUUGGUGGCCAAUCAGUGGAAUAAUGUGACCAAUAGCGUAUGGUGGCAAGAUUUUCCUAACAGAAGUACACCAGAUCUAUCAUCUCUUUUUAUUCAAGUUUCUGAUGGAGAAGUAAAUCAAAAAUCAAAUUCUGAUUUUGCUGCUCAGCUUGCUGGCUUCAUUGCAUCCCUUGUGGUUGAUGUUCCUAGUCAGGCCCAUUGGAUUAUGGAGUUGGCAAAAUACAACUUCGAAGGGGCCAUGGGUUAUCUGGUUGCUUCAGUGCCUGGAGUUCAUUCUUGCAGAACUCCUUAUGCUUAUCAGUCUACGCUGGGGUCAAGUGAUUUGAAUUUCCUGGGCUUGGUGGAAACAUCUGUUGUUGGUUUAAGCCAUCUUUUCCACUCUGCAGCUGACACAAAUGGUGCCCUGCUUAAGCGAUUAGCUGCUUUCCUUGGGAGAUCUUGUGAAAAUUCAUAUGAGAUGUCAGAGAUUGCUUUGAGAAGAAACACCAAUGUGCCUGCAGAUGUGAAUGCUGUGAGCGUUCUUGUCCCCAAUCCUGAUCAAUUUUCUGAAGAUUGCGUUCAACUUGGUUUUCUGCCUAGACAUGUUGCCAAGUGGGUUUCUCCAUUGUGGGACAGUGGAUUCUUCAGAUUCUAUGGAUACAUUCACCCUAAAGAAGCCCUUGCAGCUGCUUUAGGAGGAAGCAACAAGAGAGUGGAACUGAUACUACAUGUCUCACAGGGGUCUUGCUUUGCGGAUAUGAUGAGAAUGAUGCUACCAGAACAUGUCGUUGCAAUUUCCUCUCUCAUUGCUUCAAUUCCGAGGUCUAUUGGCCUGUGGCGACUACAAGAGGUUCUAGAUCAAUUCAAAUGGCCCCAAUUGGAACAAUCUGAUUUUCUUUAUGGCUCAUCCUCCAUUGGGUCAUCAGUCAAUGCACAGUUCAUGGCUUCAUUUUCAGCUGCCACUGGAAAGAGAUCAUUGCAACUCUUUGAUUCAGAAGAAUCUGAUCCAGAGUGGGGCUGCUGGACUGCUAGUCAAGAAUUGCAAAAUCCAUCCAUUAAAAUCAUUUUUCCUACAAUUGAAAGAGUGAAAAAUGCAUGCAAUGGAAUCUUGCCGUCAAGACGCAUUCUUUGCUUCUCUGAGAAAACAUGGCAAAGAUUGAGAUCUGCGGACAUUCUUCAUGAUGCAGUUCCUUAUCCUUACGGUAGAGUGGGGCACCCAAUGCACGUCAAGGUGGCACGGAAACGCUUCCAGUCUAAGGCAGAUGCACGUUCUUUUGGUUGGGUCUAUUGUGGGUCACAUAAUUUUAGUGCUGCUGCCUGGGGACGGCCUAUAUCCAAUCCAUUUGGUCUAAGGUCAGAUGAACCUGGGAAAACCAAUUCUUCUCCGGGUUUGAGGCUUCACGUCUGCAACUAUGAGAUAGGUAUUGUUUUUGUCUUUCCUCCAUCAGGGACAAAAGACACCGGUAACAAAGAUCAAGCUAACCUGGAUGAUAUUGUUUUGCCAUUUGUUGUGCCGGCUCCAAAAUAUGGGCCAACAGAUAAGCCUGCAACAAAGCGGGCUUUGAGAGAGGCAUUAACUGAACAUAUUGAUCGAGAAAAACUUGCAGAAUCAGCAAAUCUAGAAGAAAUGACAGAAGAGAUUCCAGAUGAAGAAGAGGAAGUUGUCGAGGCAGCUCACUAUGCUGUAGAGGAGAAGGACGAAGAAAAAGCUUAUGCUGAGAUGCUAUGGAGCCAGGUUGAAUCCUCUCAGAGCUGUUGAUUUCUGUGAUAACACCCCCCCUCACAAAAAAAAAAAGAUUUUCAUCAUAGGCCCUGUGAUACAGGGAGAAGCAGCUAGUAUAAUCUUUAUUCAAAAUGACAAUGGAUUAAGCCCUAGAAGAAAGUGGUAUAAUUCUUUGUAAUCUGGGGAAAAAAGCAUUAUUGAUUUGCUGUCACAAUUUUAUUAUUGUAGAAAUUGUACAUGUAUAUUGAGAUGUUAGUGGACUGUAUGCAUUGUUCAAUUUGAACAGUGGAGAAUGACAGAGUUUGUAUAGUUCGAUUCCUUUUUUAGUAGGGACUGUCAUCGCGAACAAGGUCAGCAAUAUCUCUUGUAUUCAUUAGUCUUUUUUUUUUUUUUUUUUUUUUUUUUUUUUUU